AGCUAAAGGUUCAAAUUUUUCUCGUUCGGGUUCGAGGGGCGCGCGGUGCGCUUGGAGGUGAUUCAUCUCCUACUUCUGGGGUAGUGGUAGAAUUGAAGGGCAAAAUAUGGCAGAAUUAAGCAUGGGUAUACUCAUAGAUAUCGUGGAUGAAGAAUGGAUGAGAGACACUCUGCCUGAUGAUGAUCUUCCCUUGCCGCCCGUGUUGCUUGUUCGAAAUGAAGAUGUUGAAGAUUCGAAUCAGGAGACUAAGCAAGCCGAUGGAGAUUCUUGGCAUGAUCUUGCUUUAAACGCCCAGUGAAGUAUACUGAGAGGCGGGUUAAUCCUUGAAACGAUGUUUGGGCGCUGGAUUUUUGUUAUCUUAGCCACAUGACUUUCUUGUGAUUAUGUUUCUUUAUGAGUA